ACACCCAGAUAUUAGAGAAUCCCAAGCUACAGAGAGAGAGAGAGAGAGAGAGAGAGAGAGAGAGAGAGAGAGAGAGAGAGCUUAGAGUCUCCUCCCAUAACUAUUCUUCAUCUUUCUCUCCCAAAUCUUCAACAAACACUACACGGCAGAAUUUGAUCAUCAUGAUGCACCAGCUGAUCAUCGCCCUUAAGAAGCGUUAGAGAAGAUCAUGAUCAACAACAACAAUUUCAAUAUGGCAAUUUCUGCUCCGAUUUUGGUGGCCUUACAGCAGCUUAAUCUCUAGUAUUACUUCUUUUCACUUCGUUUCCACAAACCCAAAACAAACUAGUUUCAGCUCCAGUUUAUUUCUUUUGAAUUUUGCACAAAACCCUUCUUGUUUGAGCUCUACUAGUACUUCUCCUUUGUGUUACAAUUAGGGGAAACAAAGAAGCUAUAAUAUAGGCUUAAUAUUAUAUAUAUAUCUAUAGUAUAUAUAGAACAUGGAUGCCCAUUCUCUCCCACCUCCUUUCCACACAAGAGAUUUCCACUUCCAACAGCAACAGCAACAAUUCCACCACCAGAGCUCCGAGGACGACCAAACCGGCAGCUGCAGCAACCUCUCCAAGGCCCCGAAGAGAGAUCGAAGCGGCGGCGACGACGACAACGACAGCGGCGGUAACCAAUCCAAUCAAGACCUCGUCAUCGUCGGAGGUGGUGAUGACCACGAUAAGAUGACGAGGCGGCCCCGCGGCCGCCCUGCUGGGUCGAAGAACAAGCCGAAGCCGCCGAUCAUCAUCACCCGGGACAGCGCCAACGCCCUCCGGACCCAUGUCAUGGAGAUCGCCGACGGAUGCGACAUCGUCGAGAGCGUUUCCACCUUCGCACGCCGCCGCCAGCGCGGCGUCUGCAUCAUGAGCGGCACCGGCACCGUCACCAACGUCACGCUCCGCCAGCCGGCCUCCCCGGGGGCCAUCGUAACCCUACAUGGAAGGUUCGAGAUCCUCUCCCUCGCCGGCUCGUUCCUCCCUCCUCCUGCCCCGCCCGCCGCCACAGGGCUGACAAUUUACCUCGCUGGAGGGCAAGGGCAGGUCGUCGGCGGGAGCGUUGUCGGAACGCUGAUUGCCUCUGGACCGGUGGUGGUCAUGGCGGCGUCGUUUAGCAACGCGGCCUACGAAAGGCUUCCAUUGGAGGAGGACGACCAGACUCAGCUGCCGUUGCAAGGAGGCGGCGGAGGAGUAGGGUCUCCGACCGGAGGCGUCGGAUCGCAUCAGCAGCAGCAGCAGAUAAUGGCGGCAUUUCACGGGCUGCCGCCGAAUCUAUUGAAUUCAAUCCAAAUGCCGGCGGAGGCUUAUUGGGCGUCUGGUCGGCCUCCGUACUAA